CGGAGAUAGCCGAAGCCAUCAGCAGCAGGACUGCUCCGGUGGCGUUACAAACAUACGAUUAAACAUUUAUCGUUUGUAAUUCCAGUAAUAAAGUCAGUGGUGACGAUGGGGAGCAGUGGAAGAAUAGUAUAACACUGUACAACAGGGCAAAACUGGUCUUCUUCGCUGCUAGUAGCGGCUAGCUAGCGGUGCUAGCAGAUUAGCCUAACCGCUAACUCGUCUGCCUCCGCUGACCACGUGACACUUGUGUUGCAGGUUGGAGCGGUCCCUCGAGAUGCCCCCCCCUCCUCGUUUCGGUUGGUCAGAACAUUUCCGGCACUCUGAUUUGUCAGCGACCUCGUAGUCUCUUCUCUGAUUGGUCGAAUGAAAACAGAGGGGUCCGGUUCUUGCUCAGCGGUCUUCCGGCUUACAUGUUGGAAAAAAGAAAAGACGAAUGGAAAAAAUUGUAAUCCACGAAACGACCAUUGCCUAGUAACUCCACAAUACGGUCUUAAUUAGCUGAAAUGAGCUCCCAGCAAUUCCCCCGACACGGGCUGCCUGCCUCCACCGGGGGAGCACCUCAGAUCUCUGCUGCUGGAAACCUGGUGUCUGUCAAUCAGCCGUCAAAUGCAUCAGGUGGUGGGGAUGCCGACAACAGCCGGGAUGCUGAUCACGGGCAACAGGAUCAUCCACCUGCCGGGGGCGGGGGGACUUUGGCGUUCAGAGAUGAAAAGCAGGAGACCAUGGUGGUCAGACCUUACCCACAAGUACAGUCGCAUGGCCAGCCACAAGCUGCUCCCCAAACUGUGCCAAUCCAGCCUGGCACACCUGUGACUGUACCUGCCCCCUCUGUCCACCUCCCACAGGGCCAGCCUGCAGUUCUCACCGAGGGACAGAUGAAGGCUGUCCUGAAGUCUCCUAUGCCAAGUCGUCUUAUUGCCCCAGCACCAGCUUCCAAUCAGGCUCACAUCCCCAUACCCCCCAAGGUGCCUGGUCACAUUACUGUCACUAUAGAGAGCAGUACUACAACCCCAUCUAUUCCCGUGGCUACUAUCAGUGGUCAGCAGGGUCACUCCAGCAGCUUACACCACCUGAUGCCAGCUAACAUUCAGAUCAUCAGGGGCAGUGCUCCUGCACUGCAGAUCGGGACCCCUGCGGUCCCUCCACAGACCUUCACAUCACAUUUACCUCGGGGGGCUGCUGCAGCAGCGGUGAUGUCCAGCUCCAAAACUGUCCUGCGGCCUGCCACUGGAGCCAGUGCAGGCCCUGGCCAGCCCACAGUGCAGCACAUCAUCCACCAGACUAUUCAGUCCCGCCCUGCUGUAACAACGUCUACAGCGGUGCUUCCAACUGUGGUGGCCCCCAUUUCAGCCAGUAGAACUCAGUCCCCAGUGAUCAGCCCAUCAGUCACGCACUCUGCAGAGGUAGCACAUGGGCGUCCAGGGUUGACCAUUCACCCCCCUCCAGCCACAGUCAGCAUUCAAAGGUCUCAGACGUCCCGCGACACUGCCACACGGAUCACACUGCCGUCUCAUCCUGCAAUCGGGUCUCAAAAGCCUCAGCCUCCGCACACCAUGACACAGAAACCCAUCUUUAGUCCUGUGACACCAGUCGCUGCAGCGACUGUGGCACCAAUUGUUGCCACUAACACUGUGCCAUCAACCACAACAAUAGGCACUGUGCCACACACGCAGAUGACCAGUAACACUAUUGUCACCAUGACAAUGGCGUCACACUCUUCACAUGCUACAGCAGUAACCACCUCAGCCAUCCCUGUUGCUAAGGUGGUCCCUCAGCCCAUCGCCCACUCUUCAUCCCGUGUGCAGCCCGACUACCCCGGAGAGAGAACCAACCUCAUCCCCAUUCCAGGCCAUCGUUCGUCUCCUAACCCUGUCACCAUGGAAGCAAGAAGUGACAACAGGCCUUCGGUGCCUGUGCAGUUCCAGUAUUUUCUGCCAGCGUACUCCUCAUCAUACCCUCUGACGCACACCUACACCCCCAUCAGCAGCUCCGUGUCCACCAUCCGCCAGUAUCCUGUUACUCCUCAAGCUCCGAGCUCAGCACUGCCCACCCAAGCUGGAGUAGGUGUGGCAACCACUGUCCAUCUGAACCACAUGCAGCUGAUGGCAGUGGAUCGAAUUGGUCUCCCAUCAGCACAAAUCAGCACCCAAGGGAUCCAGCCAGCACCAAUCGCUGCACAGGGCAUCCAGCCAGCACCGAUUGGAGUGCAGGGCCUGCACACGUCUGCACCAAUCACCACACAAGGAAUACAGCAGACACCAAUAGUCACACAGCAGCAGCAGCAGCAGCAACAGGCGCAGUCUGAAGCCAAACCUGGGGUUGUUUUGGCUGAUGGCUAUGUAGCUAGCCCCAUCAGCACAACAUUCAGCACCACCCAGCCAGUAGCCACCAUGGUGCAGGCACAUGCCCAGGGUGGAGUUGGAGGAGCUCCCACCCUGGUCUCCUCACCUAGACCCAGCAUCCUCCGCAAGAAACCUGCUAAUGAAAGCUGUGUACGUAAGAACCUGAUCCCCGCCCAGCCCAGUGAACCUGGUAGUGGCAGAAUUGAUGGUGGGAUGCGAGGAGCCGGAUCUCCCCGACCUGCAGGUGUGAAGCCCAAAGCGGAGGUUCACAUGGCGGUGGCCCCUCCUGUCAUGGCUACAGUAGAAGCAUUGCCCUCUCAGGGGGGAGAGCAGCAGGCCUCACAUGCUCAGCACCUCGCUCAAGCCAUCCCCACCAUGCUCGCCACACCGGGACCUGUACCACCCUCCCAGCCUUCCACCAUCCUCUCUGCCCUGCCAGCAGCCAUGGCUGUAACUCCCCCUGUUCCAGCUUCAAUGGCCAACACUGUGGCCUCUCCCACUCAGCCUGCAGCCAGUAGCACUGCAGCCUCUGCUCUCAGCUCCGCCUGCCCAGAUCUGAAAAUAAAGCAGGAGGUGGAGGCCAUGGACACCUCCCAGCCAGAUCCCAAUGCAAACUUAUCAGGCCCAGCCCUCACCACCCAGGCCUCCACCCUGAAUGCCCCUGCAACAGGAGACCUCAUCCCAGGAGCAUCCCCGAGGAAAAAGCCCCGCAAGCAGCAGCAUGUUAUUUCAACAGAGGAGAGUGAGAUGGUGGAGACCAACAGCACAGAUGAAGAGAAGGCCCCAGGCAGGCCCAUCACCGGCAGGGCCGAGAGACGAGAAUCCCCACCAAGGGAAUAUGUUGAUGAGGAAGGAGUGCGUUAUGUACCAGUCAGGCCUCGACCACCGGUCACUCUUCUGCGGCACUAUCGGAACCCCUGGAAAGCUGCCUACCACCACUUCCAGAGGUACAGCGACAUCCGAGUCAAAGAGGAGAAGAAGGGCAGCUUGCAGGAUAUGGCCAACCAGAGAGGAGUGGCAUGCAGAGCACAAGGCUGGAAAAUUCACCUGUGUGCAGCACAGCUCAGGCAGUUGUCGAGUUUGGAGCAUGAUGUGUACAGCCGCCUCUCCACCCUUCAAGAGGGGCUGAUUCCUAAGAAGAGGGCCGGAUCCGAUGAUGACCUUCACCGAAUCAACGAGCUUAUACAGGGGAACAUGCAGCGCUGUAAGCUGGUGAUGGACCAGGUGACCGAGGCCAGAGACACCAUGAUGAAAGUGCUCGACCAUAAGGAGAAAGUGCUGAAGCUGCUCAACAAGAACGGCGCCGUCAAGAAGUCCUCCAAACUGAAGCGUAAAGAACGGGCAUAACCAAGGCAACGACCUCCACCUCUGUCGACAACCACCACCCUCCCCUCUCUGAAGGGGUGAAGGAGCUGCUCAGAACUUGGUGCUAUGUUUUGCCUGCACACAAUCACUCGCAGCCUCCCGAUCUGCCUGAGAGCGGGCAGAGAGAAGUGACGGGAGGGCUUCAAGAACAAGAAAGGCCCAUCAGGAUUAGGUUCUCAUUACGACCCAACGCACAUAUUGAGCGUGGAGCAUCGUAGGCCACAUCAGAGUGGCCAACUGGACGGCCCUGUCACCGCUUCCCCUCUUUUCGUUCAUUUUUGAAAGAGACCAUUUUUACUAACUUUAAUUCCUGCCUCUGCUUUAAAGACAGUGUUUGGAGUGGCACAUGGUGUAUCUUUGGUUUUCGGCACUAAAUACAGGUGCAGUGAAUCCAUGAAAGCAUUUCAGAGAAGCUGAACACCCAGAGAGUUAUUGAGCUAAAUCUUAAUGGUAUAAAAGGAGUCCUGUAGUGAGCUGUGUGUACAGACUAAUCUCAAUCGUGCUCUUCUCAUUAAUCUGUGCCUUCAUUUUGUCGGUGAACAUGAAAUGAAUGAGGAUGUGUGAAUGCAGUUUCACGUGCUGUUUAAAUAUUCUCAAAAUAUCAUUCAAAGACAAGAUUCACUGCUUCCCCUUUUCUCUCCGAAUGUCCUGCACCUGGAUUUUUUUUUUUUUUUGUAGUUCAAAUUUGUUUAUUUAGUAGGAAUUACCCAUUAUCAGCCACAUGUAUGUGUAACGUAAGAGAUGAUGGAGUACUUAAGUGGUUCAAGAUUUUAAAAAAGAAACACUAGGAGAGGACCUAAACGUGGCAAGUUGAAUUGAUACACAAAAAAAUGCUCUUAUGGGAUUAAUAGCCCUAAAAUGGUUAUCUGAAAGUGAGAUCACAGCAUAACGCGUAAUGCCAAGUUAACUUAACAUUUCAGCUGCUCUGAGUCUUCUACUUAACCCAAAGUAAAUGGAGGUCAUGGUGGUUCAAAACAAUAUUUCAUUUGGAGUGUUUGCCAGACAGAGUAUCCUCGUGUGAACUGAAUUCAUGUAAAUCACUGUAAAUGUGCUUUUGGUUUUUCAUUGACCUGGUUCUUUUCAUGUUUUGUACUCGGUGAAACAUUUUGUGCUGUGUGAUGUGUGCCGCUUCAUUUCGCAGAGUGUAACGAUAAUGACAUUAUCAGAUGAAGUGAGCCUGAAACGUUCGGCUAUUGUACAUUGUUUUUGUCUGUGUAAUUAUAGUAAAGAUACUUAAACAAUA